UUCUUCUCCUGACCCCAGGGGAUUUUUGUGAUGGAUGGAGGGUCUGGGAGGAGCUGAUGUCCCUGAUGCUGCUGGACCCCAGCAAAGCACAGGGAGAAAAAGAUCUUCCAUAUGUUUCCAUCCAUUUCCUGAGCUGUUGGUGGCCAAAACCCAACGCUCAGCCCUCAAGCGGGUUUGCUGCCUGUUCUUCCAGCCUCGGACAGAGCAUGGCACAAGCAGACUUCUUUUUCACAGCCUGAUUUUCUUGGAAAUUGGGGGAAAAAAAAAUAAAAUGCAACCAGCCCUCAAGGACACUCCCAACCCUCCAUGCAGGGCUUCAUGCACCCCUGCUUUUUUUCACUGAGUGGCAACCAGCAGGUUCUCCCCAUCCCUUGGAGCAUCCCAAGGGCUUGGCUUUGGUGCUUUUUCCCUUCCCCAGGGAAGCACUGGGAGAGGAAUGGAGCUCCCAGCUCAGAGGCUUUGCUUGACAUGGCUUCCCCAGUCAAUCAGGAAAUGUGGUUUGUGGGUUUUCUCGGCUCCGUUGCUCCUCCAGAUGCUUGAAAGGUUUUCUCACUGAUAAGAACCACCUGAGGGGAUUUGUCCACUGAAAAAUGGGUGUUAAAAAAGGAGGAAAAGCCCACAGAAGUGCUGUUUCCUCCGCUGUUCCCAGUCUGGGUCCCGUUACAGGUCCUCGAUGGUACUGGGUGCUGCUGGGAGCUGGAUGGGUCGGGAAGGGGGUCCUGGCCGGUGUCAUGGUGUGGCUGCUGCAGCAAUGUGGGACCAGCUCCUGGGAAAAUUCAGCUCCUGGUAACAGCUGCCCCUAAUGGGUGGGAGGGGGAAAAGCUGCCACCACAUCCCCCAUGGACACUGAUUUCUACAUUUUUAGAGCCUCUCCUCAUACAGGUCCCUCUCUCCACCCUGGUCAUAAAUGGUUUGGAUGGGAAGGAAUCUUAAAGACCAUCUCGUUCUGCCCCUCCUGCCUCUUCUCCAGGCUGAACACACCCAACUGUCUCAGCCCGUCCUCACGGCAGAGGGGAUCCAGCCCUUGGAGCACCUCUGUGGCCUCCUCUGGUCCUGCUCCAACAGGUCCAUGUCCUUCUGAUGGCCCCAGAGUGGAGCAGAGGGGCAGAAUCCACCCCCCCUCACCCUGCUAGGGAUGCAGCCCAGGUUGCCAGUGGUCUUUUGAGUACCAGUGCACAUUGCCUGCUUAUGUUGAGCUUCUCGUCCACAAACACCCCCAAGUCCCUCUUCUCAGGGCUGCUCUCCAGCCAUUCUCCACCCAGCCUGGAUUUGUGCUUGGGAUGGAGCUUGAAAGACCCCACAGGUCCCCCCUAAAGACUCCUGUCCCCAGGCAGCACCUUGUUCCAUCCCCAAGGGUGAUUUGCCCCAGGGUUUCACCCUCUGCUCUCACCACGAUACUGUGGGUCAAACCCACCCCCAUUUCAGGUGGAAAUGGCCCCAUCCUGAGGCAGGACACAGCCCCGUGCUCCUGGAAAACCUGCCUGCCUGACCCCGGGCCAUGGGAUGUCCUGGAAAUCAAAUGCUCCCUCCAUUGCUUCCAGCACCAGCUCCGACAGCGACUCUGCCAGCUGGGAAACCACUCCACAGCAGGCCCCAGGGCUUGCCAGCUCUGUCCCACGGGCUGGCAGCCCUUCGCAGCCAAGUGCUACUGGGUUUCCACCAAAACCGAAGCCUGGAAGAUGGCGGCGGAAAACUGUCAGCACAAGGGAGCUCAACUGGUCAUACUGGAGAGCCUGGAGGAGAAGGCUUUCAUCGAGGGGAUGAUGGGAAACACCUCCAGGGCCUGGAUGGGACUGAGGAAACACCAGGGGAGAGAGACUGAGUGGACAUGGGAGGACGGGUCCCCUUUACAGAAAACCUUGUCUCCGGUGCUGGGUCCCAAGGAAGAAAACGCUUGUGGGGCAAUCAGAAAGGGUCAGCUGAACUCCCACAUCUGCAGCCUCCCCUUGCACUGGAUUUGCCAGAGAGAAGCCACUGAGAUUUAAGGGCAGAGGGAAAGACCACGAGGCUUUCAACGGGAUAAAUCACAGAAUCACAGAACGAUAGAGGGUUGGAAGGGAUCUCUGGAGAUCAUCCCGUCCAACCCCCACACUCAGCGCUGAGCAAUUCUCCAAGAUCAUACAAUGGUUUGGGGACCUUAAAGAUCAUCCAGUCAUCCCCAUCCUGCCCUGGGCAGGGACGUCUCCCACCAGACCAGGUUGUUCAAAGCCCCAUCCAACCUGGCCUUGAACCCCUCCAGGGAUGGGGCAGCCACAGUUUCCCUUGGGCAACCUAGGCCAAGCUCUCACCACCCUCACAGCAAAGAAGUUCUUCUUGAGGUCUCAUCUUAAUCUCCCCUCUUUCAGUUUAAAUCCAUUCCCCCCUUCCUACUGAUCCCCUUUCUAGAUCCGGGGGAGAAUCAACCCUAUCCCCACCGGAACCAGGACACCCAGGAAGAAUUAUUUUCCAGCUUCCCAGCCCUUGAGGCUUCCCCACCUCAAAGUUCCAGUUCCCUCAUUCAAAACAAGCGUUUCAAAAGCCAAACACAAGGCCAAACUCUCAGGGCCCCCCUAAUCCUCAUCCCCCACAGAAGCCCCAGAAGCAGCUCGAGGUGGUGGUGGCAAACCCAACAUGCACAGUGUCUUGGACUUGCAGCCAUCCCCAUGUCCCCAUGUCCCCUGUCCCCCUCCUCCACUCAGCAAAUGGGUGUUUGCCCUCCCUGGGCACUGCCUCAGGGUGAGCUCACUCGCCAGGGGUGGGUUGU